UGUUUCUAGCAUCAAGCACUCUAGGGAACUCCUUGCCGGUUGAGUGAUUGAUGUGUAAUAUAGUUAUUAUGUGUAUCCUUCCUCGUACUCUAAUUUUUCCAGCUAAUUUCAACCGUAUAAUCCUCAAGGGGGAUCCGUUGACCCCAAGAAGAACUGCUGAAAUGACAAAAUAAUAAUGUGGUCCAAGAGUCACAGAUUAUUAUACUGUAUAUAAAAACAAUAAUUUAGGAUUAUAAAACUGUCCAAUAGUGACAUUAAUUUAAAAACAAUUACAGUAUAUAACACCAUUGGAGUUAUUUACUUAUUGACAUGUAUCCCAAUUCCCAAUCGACGACCAUUUCUAAUACGAAUAAUAAAAGAGUUGAACAACACUAUAAAUAAAUUUCCUGGUAAUUUCAAACAAACAAAAUAUCAGGGAGGAACACAGUUCAUUCAAGGCACUUCCAAUAGGUCAAAGUCAACUUCGAUCUCUCUUUGUAUACAAACUUUUGGAACCACAUAGAAAAGGAGAUAACACAACUAUUGCCUCACAAGUCACAACAACAUUCCUAAAGUUUGUGUCCGCAAUGAUCCAAAGUCCACCAAACCGAGAUCAUGUGGAGGAUCAUCAAUCAUUUGAUCUGGAAGAUUGGCUUCCAAUAACAGCAUCAAGAAAUGCAAAUUGGUACUAUUCAGCUUUCCACAACGUAACUGCAAUGGUUGGUGCUGGAGUUCUUGGCCUUCCCUACGCCAUGUCAGAGCUUGGAUGGGGACCUGGGGUUGCGGUGCUGAUCCUGUCAUGGGUGAUCACGUUGUACACCCUCUGGCAAAUGAUUGAGAUGCACGAGAUGUUUGAAGGGCAACGGUUUGAUAGGUACCACGAGCUGGGUCAGGCAGCCUUUGGAAGGAAGCUUGGUUUGUAUAUCAUCGUGCCGCUACAGCUUCUUGUUGAAACCAGUGCGUGCAUUAUCUAUAUGGUGACCGGAGGUGAAUCGUUGAAAAAGGUUCAUCAACUUUCUGUGGGAGAUGACAAGUGCACAAAGCUGAGAAUCGAAUACUUCAUUUUGAUAUUUGCCUCUUCACAGUUUGUGCUCUCCCUUCUAAAGAACUUCAACUCCAUUUCCGGUGUCUCUUUGGUGGCUGCCGUCAUGUCUGUAAGCUACUCCACGAUAGCUUGGGUAGCCUCACUGGCAAGGGAAGCCCCAGAGAGUGUCGAGUACGGUUACAAAAAAAGAACAAACUCGGUUCCGUUAGACUUGUUAGGUGGAUUGGGAGAGAUUGCUUUUGCGUACGCAGGUCAUAACGUAGUUUUAGAAAUUCAAGCAACGAUCCCAUCAACACCAGAGAAUCCGUCGAAACGACCCAUGUGGAAGGGAGCCAUCGUAGCCUAUCUCAUCGUAGCUUUCUGCUACUUCCCUGUGGCUCUUAUAGGGUUUAAGACCUUUGGGAACAAUGUCGAAGAAAAUAUUCUGACAUCACUCCAUGAUCCCAAGGCACUUAUCAUUCUUGCCAACAUGUUUGUGGUCGUACACCUCCUCGGAAGCUACCAGGUGUACGCAAUGCCCGUGUUUGACAUGAUCGAAUCUGUAAUGAUAAGGAAAUGGCACUUCAGGCCUACAAGGGUUCUAAGGUUUAGCAUCCGAUGGACAUUUGUGGUGGCAUUACCGUAUUUCAGUGCUUUGCUAUCAUUUUUUGGGGGAUUCGUGUUUGCCCCAACCACAUACUUUAUACCUUGCAUCAUAUGGUUGAUCCUGAAGAAACCAAAGAGAUUUAGUCUAUCAUGGUGUAUCAACUGGAGUUGCAUAAUUCUUGGGGUUGUACUGAUGAUCAUUGCACCUAUUGGAGGACUCGCUAAAUUAAGAUAUCAGAUCAAACACAAGCGUCUACCUAACUCCAACUGCACCAUCACCUAAAUUACAAAAAAAAGGUGAAUGAUAGAACGUUUCUUCGUUUCAUUUGCCAAUGUGUGCUUCUUCACCUAUUCAUGUUUUCACUGAUUGUGUUUCUCUCACUUGUUUGGAUUCCACGAAUUUCAGUUCUUGUAUUGUACAAGAUUAUGAUAUCUCUUCCGGUUUGGUUCAUCAUUCAGUUAAAACCAAAAUUUAGACUCAAA